UCUCCCCUCCCGCGGCCGCGCUCCUCCCUCGCCGCGGAGGAGGCGGCGGCCGCCCCCCUCCUCCUCCUCCUUCCUCCUCCUCCUCGUCCUCCUCCCCUUCCCCGUCCCCCCCGGUUUUCCUUUCAGUGCGGUUCUCCUCUCCGUGGCAAGAGCUGCCUUUUGAAGCAGCACAUUCAUUCUCCCCUUCAAGCACCCAUAAGUCUCAUUUGCCAGCUCCAGAACCAUGGCAACAGAAGAAAAGAAGCCAGAUGCAGAAUCCACCAAAACACAAUCUACUCCUUCCUCCUCCACCAAUCAGAGCAAGCCUGCUCCAGUAAAACCAAACUAUGCUCUGAAGUUCACAUUAGCAGGACAUACAAAGGCAGUGUCAUCAGUCAAGUUUAGUCCUAAUGGAGAGUGGCUUGCCAGCUCCUCUGCUGACAAACUCAUUAAAAUUUGGGGAGCGUAUGAUGGCAAGUUUGAGAAAACAAUAUCUGGUCAUAAACUGGGAAUCUCUGAUGUUGCUUGGUCAUCAGAUUCCAACCUUCUUGUCUCUGCCUCCGAUGAUAAAACUCUCAAAAUAUGGGAUGUAAGCUCGGGUAAGUGCUUAAAGACAUUGAAAGGGCACAGUAACUACGUUUUCUGCUGCAACUUCAACCCUCAGUCAAACCUCAUCGUUUCUGGCUCAUUUGACGAAAGCGUGAGGAUAUGGGAUGUGAAAACAGGGAAGUGCCUCAAGACGUUGCCUGCUCAUUCUGACCCAGUUUCAGCUGUGCAUUUCAAUCGUGAUGGAUCCCUGAUAGUGUCAAGUAGCUACGAUGGACUGUGUCGAAUCUGGGAUACAGCAUCAGGCCAGUGCUUGAAAACACUGAUUGAUGAUGACAACCCUCCUGUGUCUUUUGUGAAAUUCUCACCAAAUGGCAAAUACAUAUUAGCUGCAACUUUGGACAACACUCUUAAACUUUGGGACUACAGCAAAGGAAAGGUAAUUCUGUCUCACUAUGUAGACUUGGCUAAGCUUAUAGGAAAACCUGGAUUUCAUUUGUGCUUUUUGAACUUGUUUAACAUUUUAUGAGUACUAUAGAAAAAA